GGGGGGGGGGGGGAUUUUUGGAGUUGAGUACGGAUAGCGGGUGUCGUAUAAGCCGUCGGAGAGCGCGGGCGCAAGAGUAAGCAGCGACAGCUCGGCGCGCAAAAGGCAAGUGCGGUGAGAUUCGACAACGGGGUGGUACGGAUGUGAGGACCGCGUGGCUGGAAUGAUUAAUUUUAAAGUGGCGGAUUUGGCAAUGAUCCGACUCCCACAGUGAUGACAGCCGCGCAAACGUGGGUGAAUGCGUCUUUGAGUAGUGUCGCUGUUGUCGAGGAAUGAAAGUGAGAUCAGGUCGGGAUCAUCAAACCGAGUAAGUCAGGUACUACUAAGUAGGAGAUAAUCCCGGUGAGUCGGCGACUUGUGUUUUGCCGGCGAGAGACAACAGCAGCAACAGCAGCAGCGGCAAGCAGUUGGUCGUGCAGACGGGAGCUUCUUAGGAUAAGUGUCGAUGGUAACGAGGGUUAUGUUGCGGUCCCUGUUUUCCCUCUUCUGCUUCUUUUUCUUCUUCUUCUACUGGCUUCUUUCUUCCUGUCCCUGUUCAGUUUCUCCUUCCUUGCGACGGCAGAGAACCCAAAAGCGAGAGGGUUUUUUUUUUUUUUUUUUUUUGCGAUGCUGUUCCGAUGAGAAAGAAGGAUGGAUGAAGAUUGUGUGCGCGGUCGGUCGGCAGGUUGAAAAGGUAGAGAGAGCCAAGUCAGAAUGACAAGGAGCGACGGGCGCAGACAGCUCGAGGUGAGGUUGGAAGGGAUGUAAAGGGAAAGAGAGGUAAGAGAGAAAGGUGAGGUAAGGCAGGCGAGGCAGAGCAGGCGCAAGGCGGGUAAAGUAAUGUAAAAAGGGUAGGUAAGGCCCAGGUCGGCGGUGGAGUGGCAGGAGAGGGAUUGUGCCAAAGAUGUAAGAAA